CGGCUUACAUCGGGCUUUAGUAGUGGCGAGCGAACGUGUAUGUUGUGCCGAUAAAAUAUCUCAUAUUAAUGUUGUUAAAAUAUCUUAUUAUUUGUGAUAAAUAAAUUGCUGUAUAUUGUUUCAUGUCAGUGGAUAAUUUAAGUUUACAAUGAUUUUAAAACUAAUAAUAGCAUAUUCUAUUUUAAUAUGGACAGCAGAUUCCCAGACAUAUCAAUCAAGUAAUGACUUCGAACGAUUUAUUCUUUCAAAUAUUCCGCAAUUUAACAUAGAUCCGUUUGGAGUAAAUGUUAAUCCAAAUUCUCGGCGGUAUUCCCAGAAUACGGAUCAAUCAUAUUUGAAUAAUGGACUGGGAGCUGAAAAAAGGUCAUCAGAUUAUCAACCCAAUAUACAGAUUCAACAACAAACUCAAAAAAAUAAAAAACAAUCACAUCAGAUAGUGUUUCAACCCAGUGUUCAACAACAGAAGCAAACACAAUUGCAGACUAACAAAAAAAGUGUUGCGCUCCCGUUGCAAUUGCAACAACCACAAAAUGUACAACUACAAUUGCAACAGAACGCACAGCCACAACUGGACUCAAGCCAACAAUCAAAUUUUUACCCACAAAACCAGCAACAACAAACGAAUUACCAACAAACUGUAAGACCACAACAACAAAAUAUACAACAACAGCAACAGAAUUUCCAACAAAAUCUACAAUCACAGACACAGUAUAAUCUCCAAAAUCAACAAACGCAACAACAGAAUUAUCUCCAAAAUCAGCAACCGCAACAACAGAAUUAUCUUCAAAAUCAGCAAAACCAACAACAAAAUUAUCUCCAAAAUCAGCAACCGCAACAACAGAAUUAUCUUCAAAAUCAGCAAAACCAACAACAAAAUUAUCUCCAAAACCAGCAAAAUCAACAGAAUUAUUUACAAAAUCAGCAAAUCCAACAACAGCUGCCUGUCUAUUCACAAAACCAGCAACCUCAAGCUAACGUACCGAAUAAUCAAAUUUAUUUUUCGGGUCAAACGAAUACACAAAAAAUAAACAGCGGUCUACCAUCGAAGUUUGGCACUGACAAUACCGGAAUAACAGGCCAAAAUGCAAAUUACAACAACGAAACUCUUGCUAUAACUAAAUUUGGUCUGAAAUUGUUUAAGACCGUAAAUAUCCAAGGGAAUAGUGUGAUAUCACCGUAUUCCAUCGCGAUACUGUUAGCUCUUGUACAACAAGGCUCCUUUGGGUACACGCAGCAAGAAAUCACUCAGGCUCUCCAGUUGACUCCGGACGCAUCGCAAAUAUUGUUUAAAGGACUCACAUCAUUUAUGAAGAAACGUGGUUCCAGCAGCAUUCUGAAGAUUGCAAGCAACUUGUAUAUAGCAAAUGGCUUUACACUUGACAAGAAGUUCAAAACAAAUGCAAUCAAUGCUUUCGGCAGUGACGUCACCAGUGCGAACUUCAACGAUCCUUACGGAACUGUGGCGAGGAUCAACAGUUGGGUGUCUGAUAAAACGAAUCACAAGAUUACAAAUCUUUUAACACCAGAGUCUAUUGCACCAGAAAGUUUAAUGGUAUUGGUGAAUGCUAUAUACUUCAAAGGCACGUGGGACAUUAAAUUUAGACCAGAGCUGACAGAGGACAAUAUAUUCACUCUGAGCGAUGGUUCCCAGAAGUUAGCGAAAUUCAUGCAAGCGACAAGAACGGUCAGAACUGAUGUCGAUCCAGUGUUAAAAUCACAAAUAAUGGUACUCCCAUUCGCGGGCAGUCAAUACUCCAUGAUGUUCAUACUUCCACUGAAGGGGAACAACGUGAAUAACGUACUUCUAUCAUUGACGGAGCCACAACUAUAUUCAUACCAAAACCUUGAACCUAAGGAAGUUAAGAUUAAAAUCCCCAAGUUUACUAUCAAGCAAGAUAGCGACGUGCAAUCUGUUUUUAACGCGCUUGGAAUUUGGACAAUGUUUGGUAAUGAAGCAGAACUCAGCGGCAUUGGUCAUAAGAAUGGGAUUUCACCGCGUAUCUCAUCUGGUAUCCACAGUGCGAUUCUAUCUAUUGACGAGAACGGAGGUUCCGCCUCAGCUGCCACUUCUUUAUCAGUGGUCGCACUUUCCUACGAUGAUCCUUCUACAUCUUUCACCGCUGAUAGACCAUUCAUUGCAAUACUUUGGGAUAACAAACUCACCACGCCUCUGUUUAUGGCCAAAGUUGAAAAUCCGGAAUUGUAAUUAUUAGUCAAUUUUAUAUUUUAGUGUAGUUGUGAAGUGAGGUGAUUAAAAACUUAGAUACA